CGAGGCGUGUGACGUAAAACCCCUUCCGUCUCAGCGAAAACACACUGGAGUGCCCGGAGGGCUGAAGAGCGGAGGGAGCGGAGUUGUUGGAUAUGCUGGAUGGGGCUGAAGCGACUUCUCGGACCCGCUCGGACGUUCUCGGCACGUUAAACCCGACUGUGCGGUGAUCCAGAAGGGGGGAAUGAGCAGUGAAGAGGAGCAAUGCCUUACGUGGACCGACAGAACCGCAUCUGCGGCUUCCUCGACAUCGAGGAGCUGGAGAACAGCGGCAAGUUCCUGCGGCGAUACUUCCUACUGGACACCCAGCAGGGCAGCCUGGUCUGGUACAUGGACAACCCACAGAAUCUACCGAUAGGGGCCGAAUGUGUGGGCUCACUCAAACUCACCUACAUAUCCAAAGUCAGUGAUGCCACCAAGCUAAGACCAAAAGCUGAGUUCUGCUUUGUCAUUAAUGCAGGAAUGAGGAAGUUCUUUCUGCAGGCUAACGACCAGCAGGACCUUGUAGAUUGGGUCAACGCACUCAACAACGCCACCAAAAUUACUGUGCCCAAGUCAUCAUGUGAUGUGGUCCAUAAUUCGGAGAGUCAGAAAGCAGUGUGUGAUAUUCAGGGCAGCAGAAAGCAGGUCUCCUAUCGGACAGAGAUCAUAGGGGGAGUACCCAUCGUCACGCGCACACAGCAGGAGGGGGAUGAUGGACAGUCCACUGGAAGAGAAAAGGAGGCCUUGAAGCGGCCUCACAGUCACCUUCCCUACUUCUUGUGCAGACCAACUCAGGAGCAGAGUGUGAUAAAGGCAGGCUACUGUGUUAAACAGGGCGCUGUGAUGAAAAACUGGAAACGAAGAUACUUCAUUUUGGAGGAGAACUCCAUGAGCUACUUUAAAUCUGAUCUUGAGAAGGAGCCCUUGAGGAUGAUUCCCCUGAAGGAGGUUCAUAAAGUUCAGGAGUGUAAACACAGUGAUAUUUUGAUGAGAGACAACCUCUUUGAGGUGGUCACUACAUCGAGAACAUUUUAUGUUCAGGCGGACAGUCCUGAAGAGAUGCACAGCUGGAUUAAGGCAAUCUCAGGAGCGAUCGUGGCGCAGAGGGGCCCCGGAAGAUCCGCUGCAUCUAUGCGUCAGGCCAGAAGGCAUUCGAACCCAUGUAUUCAGAGGUACACACCACGUGUCACUCAAGGCAGCACGUAUGGGCACACUGUUGGCUCCUCCUCAUUCCACUGUGCACCCUCGUUUGGCCCCACCCCCUGGAAGGCCAGCCCUGCCAUGCCAGCCUACCCAGAGUGCCGUGGUACCCCGCGGACUGGCAUGGGACAGCGAGCACUUCAUGAGCCUGCUACCAUUGCCCCGGCAACAUGCCCGCCUGUCGUUACAAGAGACCCACCUGUCCAAGUGACUCACGAGUCACCAUGGCGACGGCGCAGCAGUUUUGGGAUGCGCGAUGCCCCGUCUCCUCCUCUUGACCUGGACGAUGGCGAGCUACCCGUUAGCCAGGUCUAAACUUCUGAAUUAUAUGUCGGAGACACCUUGCGAUCCCCUGUAAGAAUCUGAUUUGCAUAUGUCAAUCAUAGUGAUACAUCAGAAAGGAUGGAAUGAGAAGAUGAAUAAAGGAGAGAUGGACACUGUUGUCAUGAAGUAGCCCGUUCACACCUGGCAUUAACAUACAUCUUAUGUGAUCUGGUCAUAAGUGGACGGCUGUGAACGUGGUCUGAUGCGUCUCAGAGAUCACCUUCAAAGGUGGUCAGGGAUGCAACUGACCACAUACCAUAAAGCAUUCCAAGGAACACCUUGAUCAUUUGCAUAAUCACAGGAGAGAUGAAAGGAGCCACAUAGCUUCCUUCUUCAUCUCCCUUCCUGCUUGUUUUUGAGGAAAUAUUUAACAGCUCAUGCACAGUUCUGCACAUUUUAAUGCACAAUUACUGUUUAUUUGCCGAAUUUAACGUAUUUACAAAACAUAAAAUGUGCUCUGUAUGAAAGUUAUGGCACAUUUUAUGUUGUAUGUUUUAUUUCUGUCCCAUAUGCUAAAAAAUAAAUAGAAAUUGUGCACAAAAAUUAGCAAAAAAUGCAACAUUUAAGUUUGUUCCCUGUAGAGGACGUGUAAAUUUAUUCACUCUCACCUUUUUUCAAAAUCAACGAAAUGUAAUUUUACUAGGGAUGUUUAAACUUUUGCAGAUAACUGUACAAGUACGUGAACAAGGACGACAAAUGCAUUGAGUGGCAUCAUAAAUGUGCGCCAUACUCUUCUCCUGUUGUGAAAUAAGUGGUCACGGGCAGUGAAUUCACAUGGAAAUGCCAAGUGCGAAUGGCAAUGUGUCUCUCACUUGUGGUCAGAUCACUCUAGACAGACGUUAAAGGGGAAUUCCGACGAUUUUUCAGAAUUUCUCUCAACAGUCAUUCAGAGUGGUAGGAUGUGAAAUGGUUCAUUGUAGGAAACUUACUAGCUCAAAUUUCUUACAGUGGUGGUGAGAGGAACUCUGAGUCACCAUGUUCUCAAUGCAAAUAUAGAAAUUUAGUGUACUGUCUAGAAUGACCAGUGAACAACAAGUGUUUUCUGAGUUUUAUUUGUAAUGCUGAUGAUGGUAAAAUAGGACUAAACGCGAGGAAAAUGCUUUUUUUAGGGACUAUUUUGAAUGACUUGCAUGCAGCUCACCAGCAUUAAACAAUUUUUAAAAAAGAGAAAAAUUUAAUCUCAAAAUUAUCAUAAAACAGUGACUCAGACAUCAGGCUGAAGCAUGAAGCCAUUCCAUGUAAUAACCUUCUGUGUAGGAGCUUUUAAAGGCAUUAAAUACUUGGGAUGUCUGGUUCCUAUCAACACCACUGUGAACACUUUUGACUUGCAAUUUUCACUAGAAUGGAGAAAUUCACAUUAAAACUCUUAAAAUGAGUUUAUUUACAUGUUACUAAUUUAAUUAUGUAGAAUUUUUUGAAAAAUCUGAAUUCCUCUUUGCAGUGCCAGGUGCGAACAGGGCUGUUGACCGUUUGACAACUUGUGUCUUCUUCCAAUAUCCUAUGUAGAGUCUGGGACCAAAAAAGCAGAAUUUUUGUUUGUCCUCUUUUUUUGUUUUAUUUUGUUUUGUUUUUGUUUUGUUUGGGUGCCUUUGGCCACGUUUUGCUGAUUUUUCUAAGUGAAAAUAAUUGAACACAUCCUCUACA